AUGUUGAGUUCUUGGUUAAUAGGCCUCUGUGCCAGUUCUUUGGUGCAUGCACUUCCCGUUUCCGAUUAUGUUAUUACCAAAGUCCCGCGCCUCAUCGUUUUCGGGGACAGCUUCAGCGAUAAUGGGAAUGGCUCUUGGAUAGUCAGCAAUGGGACAUGGCCGGUGGAUCCGGCUUAUUACAGGCACUCAUUUUCAAAUGGGCUCAAAUGGAACGAUCUAGUGGCCAAAGACCUUGGUCUUGAGCUGAUUAAUCUUGCGACGGGCGGAGCAACGGCAAACAACGACUUUGUCGCUGGAGGCACAGGCGCUCAGUCAACCAUUCCUGUUCCUUCAGCCGCAGAACAAAUCUUGUCGUUCUUAUCGUGGGAUAAGCCGAGGACUGACGAUGUCUUCGUUCAUUGGAUUGGCGCCAAUGAUAUCCUGUUCAACACGAGCAUUACCGGAUCGCAGGUUACGAGCCUGAUCAACGAGAAUAUUGAUAGGUUAUAUCAUGCCGGCGCAAAAAAGAUCAUCCUCGCCAACUAUCUCAAAGCCACAGCCUUUCCAGCAACGUACAACUCCCCCGACUACGACAUUCCCAGCGUUGAGGUAUACAGCAGCGAUCUGACCCAAGGCCUCAAGAACAUCGCUGCCGCGUAUUCUGCCUAUGUUCAGACAGCUGUGAUCGACGUAGGCGGCUUGUUCAAUGACAUCGCUUCGGAUCCGGAAGCUUAUGGCUUCGAGGAGAAGUAUGUGAAUCCACCCACAGCGUGUCUUAUUGGUGUUUAUACAAGUGAGGGUGUACCGAGGCACUUGUGUAGUGAUCCAGAGAAGCAUGUCUUCUUUGACUCAUAUCACCCUGGAAAGGAGGUGCAUGCGUUGAUUGCGGAGUUGUUUGAAUAA